AUGUUGGCCAGCGAGUUUGGCUUUCAGCCCCCCGGUCAACUUGUAGGUGGCCAUUCGACCACACUUGGAAGUGCAGCUAUCCCUGUCUUUAACCGCGCCGUCAAGAUGGACCCAGUUGGACUCAUCAGCACAAUCAGUGCAGGGAAACUCGCUGAACUACUUCUGACACAUGGCCUACAAGUUGUGUCGAGCUUGGUUGCUAUUCCAACUCAACUACAAGAAAGAAAGGCCGCAGCGCAGAAGGAGAUGACAUACAAGGAAAUGCAGGAGGCCAUCCCCAAGCUUCUUGAGAUUAUCGAACAGAAACGAAUUCGGCUCGUCACCAACGCAUUCAACUCCGCUCCGACGUUCAUUUCAUACUUCCAAGCAGCUGCUACGGUUGCUGUGCCUCUUAUUCUUUUGGACAUCGCGCAGUCUAUCAAGAGAAUCGGCGCAAGCCUCGAUGGUAUUAAAGAUGAGCUCGCGAUUUUGAACAUAGCCAAGGUUCAAGGCUGGGCUGAUGACGGCUUCGGGACAUACGUGCACCGCUUUGUUCGUAACGAAAUGGCCCCGGUCGAGGGGCGUACGAAGGGAGAUAGCCACUUCUUCUACGUCUGGAACCCUGAUACCGAUUGGUAUCCAGACUUUGAGAGAAUACAGAGAGAGGAUCCUCUCGGCCCCAACUUUGGUGGCUACCAUCACGACCUAGCCACGAUUUGUGUCAGAAUGAGAGCAGACAGACAGGCACUUAUUGAAACUACUGGUGACAACAGCAAUGUCAAUUUUCAUCUCAUUAUCCCAACUUACUAUCCAAUUGUGAUAGACACACCUAUCGUCUUCGCGGCAGAGCUGUUUCCGCUCAUUAUCACCGGAAGCCGACAUCGAGGCACGGAUCUCGUCUGGUUCAACCUCGACGAGAACUCAGGGUUUUCAAGCCCACAACUCGAUUUCAUAGGUUCAUUACCUGAAAUUGAGAGUACUGGGACCUCUGGCAUAGUUGUGACCUUUGUGGGUUCCUUUUGUGGCUGUAUAGCUUCUCUGAUGGCAGCAGCCGCAUUUCCCCCUUGCGCCCCCGCUGCAGAAACCGUUUUCGUCUCAUGCUUCACCACCGGCAUGGCAUCGGGGUUUCUAUCACCUCUAGCGACGGGGUAUGACAGAGCGAAAGAGGUUCAAGUUCUCGGAAAUGCGAUUUUCUUGAAUUAG